AUGAGCCGUACCUCAACCCGUUUUCUUCUCUCAGUACUAGCCAUUGCUUCAUGCAUGUUGUCGAGAAUGGCACAUGCUGACGACUAUGAUGAUCCCGAUCCUUAUGAUGUUUACAUUACCAACAAUCUUAAGGGCCACUUGUUCCUUAAUUGUAGGUCGAAAGAUGAGGUGGUCAGCAAGUAUAAUCUGAACGUCAAUGAACGUUUUAGUUGGCGUUUUCGUCUCAACUAUUCGAGCCCAACUGUUUAUUUUUGCUAUUUCUUGUAUAAAACAAAAGCAAAAACAUUUGAUGUUUUUGAUGAUAAAAAAGAAGGUGGAUGGAGCGCAAAGACUCGUAAGGUCUACUGGUCAUUGAGAGAAGAUGGUUUCUACUUCAGCAACAAUGAUGUAGACUACGAGAAAAAGCAACCAUGGUGA